UGGGGGCGGCCGCCCCCGUUACCGCCGCCACCGAGCUCAACGCCACCGUCGCCGUCAUGGCCGAGCUGCCGCACCCCUCCACCCUCGAGGCGCUUGUCAUCACCGUCAUCAUUUUCAUGGCUUGCGUCGCCAUCAUCAUGGCUAACCUCAUCAUCAUAGCCACCUUCCUCAACUUCAGAGGCCCACCGGAGGUGAUCAACAUCUACCUGCUGUCGCUGGCGGUGGCGGACCUGCUGCUGGGGCUGCUGGUGGUGCCGCUGUCGGUGUACGCGGCCAUGGUGCAGCAGUGGGUGUACGGCGACCUGGUGUGCCGGCUGGUGGGCUACGUGGAGGUGACGCUGUGGAGCGUCAGCGUCUUCACCUUCAUGUGGAUGAGCGUGGACCGCUACCUGGCCGUGCAGCGGCCUCUGCGCUACGACACCGUGCAGAAGCACACGCACUGCCGCUGCUGGAUGGUCUUCACCUGGGUGUCGGCCGCCAUGCUCUGCUGCCCGCCGCUGCUCGGCUUCAACAAGCCCAGCUUCGACCGCGAUGCCUACGUCUGCAUGCUCGACUGGGGCAACAUGGCUGCGUACUCUGUCACGGUGGCGUUCCUGGUGCUGGGGCCGAGUUUGAUCACGAUCGUGUACGCCUACUCGUACAUCUUCACGAUGAUGAGCCGCCUGCGCAGCGGCGCACCCAUCCACGACAAGGAGUACGCGACGGCGCUGUCCGAGAACCUGUCCAACCCCAACCACGUCAUGUCGUUCGUGCUGGUCGUCUCCUUCUGGGUCUCGUGGACGCCGUACGCCGCCGUCAAGCUGUACGAGUACUUCGCCAACACUAAGUUCCAGAUCCCGUACCUGCACUUCGGCAUCGUGUGGCUGGGCAUCCUCAACUCGUUCUUCAAGUCGGUCAUCCUGGUGACGCUGAGUCCGCAGUUCCGGCUGGCGGCGCGCAUCGUCUGCAUCAAGCUGUGCCGCCGCUACAAGGGCCGGCUGCAGAGCGAGCUCAUCAGCAUGGAGGAAGACGACUGAGGCGCCUGCUGCCGCGGCAACCCUGCACAACCCACUCGUCGUCACCAACACUGAACACCACCCCACCCGCGAUCCCUCGCGCUUUUUACGACAAGUCACUUAUCUACCAGACUGUGCUAACCAGAAGCUGUGAUAAACCUCCAAAUAAGAAAAAUAAACUGGAAUUCCACUUUCUUUGCACCCCCACAAAGCUUAAUCCGUAUACAACCUAAAAUACACUCGUGACAGAAAAUAUUCGGCGAAAGCGGCGUAUAAAGCUAGUGAAACGGAGACCACGGCCUUGACACCACUAUCUGCAUAAAAUGUUAAACCAUAACGUAUUUUUUCCUGGUGGAAUCCUGCUUUGUUGAGUCAUCCACUGCUGAUUUCCCAUGUUUUCUUUUUUAUUAAGGUAAUGUCUUUUGUGGUUUCAGUAAUUUUUUCCACAUAUCCUUAUUAUUUCCCAUAUUCUAUAAUUUCCUCCUUCUCUAACAUUUUUCUUCCCUAAUUAAGAUGCUACCCAUUUCUAUACUCUCUAUUUUGGCCUAUUAUUAUGUUAAUGUCUGGUAUUCAGGCAUAAAUCACUGCUCACACUCCUACUAGUAUGGAAAUUAUGGUAUUACGCCAUAUCUGUCGCAAUUUAUUAUAGUUUUUGUUAAAAAUAUAAAACCAAUGCAGUAAAACUACUGUGAUUAUUGAUACUGCUUAAAACGGUUUAUACGCGUCUUUUAUGUAAGUUUUGUGAAGUACAAUUCACGCCACCAUUAUAAGCCUAUUUUUCAGCAACCGGCCUAACGAAAGCCGUGUCAUAAUUAUUUGCCAUACUGAACGAGGCCUCCUGUUAUAAUAAUAAUCUGUGCCAACGUCUUUUUCUUUUCUGAAUUUUCAGAAUACUGAUAUCUCAGCGUCUCACAUACAUUACUUACCAUCAGUAUCUCAGGUCAUAAAUUAUCCCAAGAUUCUAAUGUCAAAAUUCGACAUCUCAGUCUCCAAAGUUAUAAUGCGACUUCAUCACACGGGGUGCUACGUGGAAUAAUUACUGGAUGCAGAACACGUUAAUCUUUAUAGGUUCCUGUCCAAUGGUUCGACGUAUUUAUUCAUCCGUACUGAAUGUGCACCCCAUGGGUAACGCAGCACUAGAUUUGUGUGACUGGUGAAGUUUAUCUGAUUGGACAACCAUUAUUUACAAUGCUUUGGUGACUAUCCGGUAUUUUUUCAUGACUGCAGAUAAUAUUUUCUUGAAAGACGACACAUCCGUGCAUAGAUCUGCAGAAGAUAACAACAUUGUUUUAACAUACCAGACUGCACAGAGAUUAAGCAAUACUGAAAAAUUAUGUACACAAGGUGAUUCAAAAGCCGCAGCACAUUGAAGUCAUCAGUAUUCGAAUUGCUAAUUAUGAAGUUCGUACUAAGUUUUGGUCAAAAUUCCCAGAAGUCAUACCAGACGAAGAGUCUCAAAACUCAUUUCAAAAUACGAGUGGUAUUCGUAAAGGAAAAUUGGUAGACCUAGCCCGAAAAUAAUCAAAAUAACACAUAAUCUUAUGUUUCGUCCUGUAAAAAAAAUACAAAUACGAAUCGAAAUUUACCAUUUCAGUUAUAGCCAACUGCAACGUCACUCAUCUUACUGUAAACAGAAAGGAAUAUUAUCCUUACAUCGUCGUCAUCGAUUAACGGUGUAUUUCUGCGUGCUCAGCCGUGUUGUUGAAUCCCUUUUUAUGCACAGUAAUUCGACGACUAACCUAGCUCGCAACUUGGGAGGGUCGUCGAAAUUUUAUGUAUAAAAUCAGUGGAACAC